AAUGGGGUCUUCAAAGGCCUUAGUGUUUUCCACUUAUCUUUUAGUGGUAGCACUCUCUCUUACAUUUCCUUCACAAUGCACUGCCAACUUCCACCAUUACUCCUCCCCACCACCUCCCUACAAGUAUAAAUCUCCGCCACCUCCUCCCCCGGUUUACUCGCCUCCACCUCCUCCUCCUGUUUAUUCUCCUCCGCCACCAGUUUACUCACCACCGCCCCCUCCACCGGUUUACUCAUCACCACCACCUCCUCCAUACCACUACAAGUCACCACCACCACCUCCUAAGAAAUAUCCAGCACCUAAUCAUCCUCCCUAUCACUAUAAAUCGCCACCACCACCACCCAAGAAACCCUACAAGUACCAUUCUCCUCCACCUCCUGUCUACAAAUCUCCUCCUCCUCCUGUUUACAAGUCUCCUCCUCCUCCCCCUCCAAAGAAGCCCUACAAGUACAAGUCUCCUCCCCCUCCUACCCCAGUUUAUAAGUACAAGUCUCCUCCUCCACCUCCAAAGAAGCCUUACAAGUACAAGUCUCCUCCUCCCCCUCCUCCCGUUUACAAGUACAAGUCUCCACCACCACCAGUUCACCACGACUCCUAUUCAUCUCCCCCUCCUCCUUACCAUUACUAAGGACAAAAGAGA